AGAGGAAAACCCACCCUUGUCAGCAGAAACAAGAUGGAAAGACAGAGCAGAAACAGUGAUAAUUGGAGGUGGCUGUGUUGGUGUGAGUUUGGCUUAUCACCUGGCCAAAGCGGGGAUGAAAGAUGUGGUCCUCCUGGAGAAAUCUGAGCUCACUGCUGGAUCUACCUGGCACGCAGCAGGUUUAACAACGUACUUUCAUCCUGGAAUAAACUUGAAGAAAAUACAUUAUGAUAGCAUCAAACUUUAUGAGAAGUUGGAAGAAGAAACUGGACAGGUAGUGGGAUUCCACCAGCCAGGGAGUAUCAGGAUUGCUACAACUCCUGUAAGAGUAGACGAAUUUAAAUACCAAAUGACUCGGACUGGCUGGCACGCAACGGAACAGUAUAUUAUUGAACCCAAAAAAAUUCAAGAGAUAUUCCCUUUACUCAACAUGAAUAAGAUUUUAGCUGGACUGUACAAUCCUGGAGAUGGUCACAUUGAUCCUUACUCUCUCACUAUGGCCCUGGCUGCUGGCGCUAGGAAAUACGGUGCACUUUUAAAAUACCCUGCACCAGUGACUUCUCUGAAAUCCAGAUCAGAUGGCACAUGGGAUGUUGAAACACCACAGGGAUCUAUGAGAGCAAAUAGAAUUGUGAAUGCUGCAGGAUUUUGGGCUCAUGAAGUAGGUAAGAUGAUUGGACUAGAGCAUCCUCUCAUUCCGGUUCAGCAUCAGUAUGUUGUUACAUCAACUAUACCUGAAGUAAAAGCUUUGAAACGAGAACUCCCCGUGCUCCGUGACCUGGAAGGAUCUUAUUAUCUCCGACAGGAAAGAGAUGGGCUUUUGUUUGGUCCAUAUGAAAGUCAGGAGAAAAUGAAAGUUCAGGACUCAUGGGUUGCCAAUGGAGUCCCUCCAGGUUUUGGAAAGGAGCUCUUUGAGUCUGAUCUAGACCGAAUCAUGGAACAUGUGGAAGCUGCCAUGGAAAUGGUUCCAGUCUUGAAAAAGGCCGACAUCAUCAAUAUUGUCAACGGUCCUAUCACCUAUUCUCCUGACAUUCUACCUAUGGUGGGGCCCCACCAGGGAGUCAGAAACUACUGGGUGGCUAUAGGCUUUGGACAUCUUCAUAUGGAAAUAGAAAACAGACCCACCCUCCCCACCAACCGCCCCAUCAGUUGCAAAAUACAGAGGCCAAUGCUCCUUUCCCCCUCUUCCACACAAGUGUCUGGAUAUGGCAUAAUCCAUGCUGGUGGGGUAGGGAAAUAUCUCAGUGACUGGAUCCUGCAUGGAGAGCCUCCUUUUGAUCUGAUAGAAUUGGAUCCCAGUCGCUACGGCAAAUGGACAACAACUCAGUAUACAGAAGCCAAAGCAAGAGAGUCAUAUGGAUUCAACAAUAUUGUUGGUUAUCCUAAAGAAGAACGGUUUGCCGGGAGGCCAACUCAGCGUGUCAGUGGACUUUAUAAAACCCUGGAGUCAAAGUGUUCCAUGGGGUUCCAUGCAGGCUGGGAGCAGCCACACUGGUUCUACAAACCAGGUCAGGACACUGGGUACAGGCCAAGUUUUCAUCGCACAAACUGGUUUGAGCCUGUGGGCUCUGAGUAUAAACAGGUUAUGCAAAGAGUAGGGGUGAUUGACCUGUCACCAUUUGGCAAGUUUAACAUCAAAGGCCAAGACUCCAUUAGAUUGUUGGACCAUCUCUUUGCAAAUGUCAUUCCAAAGGUGGGUUUUACAAAUAUAAGUCACAUGUUAACACCAAAAGGUCGAGUGUAUGCUGAGUUAACUGUUUCUCACCAGUCUCCUGGGGAGUUUCUAUUAAUAACUGGUUCUGGAUCAGAACUUCAUGACCUUAGAUGGAUUGAAGAAGAGGCAGUCAAAGGUGGGUAUGAUGUUGAAAUUAAAAACAUAACUGAUGAGCUUGGAGUCCUUGGAGUUGCAGGGCCACAUGCAAGAAAGGUCCUUCAGAAACUGACCUCUGAGGAUCUUCGGGAUGAUGUUUUCAAGUUUCUUCAGACCAAGUCUUUAAAGAUUUCCAACAUUCCAGUCACUGCAAUUAGGAUAUCGUACACUGGUGAGCUUGGUUGGGAGUUGUACCACAGACGAGAAGAUUCCACGACGCUUUAUGAUGUUAUCAUGAAUGCAGGCCAAGAGGAGGGAAUUGACAAUUUUGGAACAUAUGCCAUGAAUGCCUUAAGACUGGAGAAAGCUUUCAGAGCCUGGGGGUCAGAGAUGAACUGUGAUACAAAUCCCUUGGAAGCUGGAUUGGAAUAUUUUGUGAAGCUAAAUAAGCCAGCAGACUUCAUAGGAAAGCAAGCACUGAAACAGAUUAAAGCCGAGGGGCUGAAACGGAGACUGGUCUGCCUCACCUUGGCAACGGAUGAUGUGGAUCCGGAGGGAAAUGAAAGCAUCUGGUAUGAGGGCAAGGUAGUCGGCAACACGACAUCUGGAAGCUACAGUUACAGCAUCCAGAAGAGUCUGGCUUUCGCGUAUGUCCCUGUAGAGCUAAGUAAAGUAGGACAGCAAGUGGAAGUUGAGCUAUUAGGCAGAAACUACCCAGCAUCUGUCAUACAAGAACCCUUGGUAUUGACGGAACCAACCAGAAACCGGCUUCAGAAAAAAGGUGGGAGGGACAAAAUUUGAAGAGGACCUUCCGAAAGGCAAUUGAAUUUUGGUUGAUUUAUGACUGUACUCGAAAGUAUAAUUGGUUCCUGCAGGAAUAGGGGAGAUGAAGAAUUCAUUUCAAUAUCAUUAAAAUCUUGAUUUAGAAUCUUAAUAAAACCAUUUUCUUAAUUCCUAAGCAAGAUAGAAUAAUGGAUUACUGAUUUACUUAUUCUUUCAAAUCAAGAAAUUUUAAAUGAAUGUUUUUAUUACUCUAUAUUGUUUAUGAAACUCAAUCAGGAAACCAUUUAGGUGCUGGUAUACAAUCAUCAUCAUAACAGAAUUAGAAGAUAUGGCUUUAGGACAUAUGCCUAUGAUUCUUAUUAGCUGAAAGCAAGUUAAUAAAUUAUGUUUUACGUAAAUACAAAUGUAAUACUGUUGAUGGAUUUAAUUUAUUGGGAAAUAUUAGUUGAAUAAGAGGUAGUUCUAAUUUUUCAUCACAUAUCUAUGAUGCAAAUAGUGAAAUUUAAUAUUGAUAUAUUUUAUUCAAUUCUCUGAAAUAUUUAUUUUUUUAAUGAUUUCCCUGAAAGCAAUUUUAUGGGCAUCAUUAUUCUCCUUUCAAAGGUUGUUUUAGAAGAGAAAUUGGAAAAGAAAUUACAGAAUCUUCCAAAGGAAGCAGUACUUGUAAACCUUCCUAAAUGAAGCUGAAGCAUAAGUAGGUUGUGCCAGUAGAAACACAGUUUGAAUACUGAACACCUCUCUUUGGGGAAGAAUUAAUGCAAGUUGAUAUCAAAUGUGCCAUUCUGACUACCAGUUCACAGAGCAUUUGACAAAGCAGGUCAAACAAGAGCUUAGGAGCUGCCAGCUUUGCCCUUAGCACUGUGCACAACAAAGAAAAAAUCCAUUUAGAAAUAAUUCUGCGAUAUAUUUCUUGAUAUUAUUUGGAUUUAGUCAACUGAAUGAAUCAGUGUUUUUUAAAAAGUGGUUUACCAUUUAUAAUUUUUUAUAUACACACAUUUCUUAUACAUUUAUUGAACUUUUCCUAGGUGUAUAAAGCUGCCUAUAAAACAUAAGACUCUCUAAUUAGAAUAGAUUUUAAAGUAAUUUAUUAACUUCUAUGUUUUGCAAAGACACCAAAUUUACAGGUUAAAUGUUUGAUAAAAGUAAUCAAGUAUUAGACUUCUAUAACUUGUCA